AGCCGCUCGCUGCUCUGAGCUGGCCACGUGCGUCACUGCUGCUCAAAACAUUUCGCCCGGCUUGGGUUUCGCCGUGCUGCGUGCGCGGCUGGUUGGGGAAGCCGUCUGCCUAUUUAAACUCGUUCUCCCUCGCUCGCCUCACUCGUGACCACACGGAAGAGGAGGAGGAGCAGUAAUAAAAGGCUCGCCAGCCUUGGCUUUGGGUGGAAGGGAGUUGUUUUAACACCUCGGCAUUGUCAAGUUGCUGACGGCGCCCUCGUUCUUUGGUGGUUUGGAGGCUUCUCCCUCCCCUCCUCCUUGUGUGGCGCAGAGGGAUUUUGACUGUCGAGACGAGGAGGAGGAGGAAGAAGAGGAAGACGCGAGAGAGAGAGAGACAGAGAGAGAGACAGAGAGAGAGAUUGGCCUGCCAUGGUUCGUACCCUCCGCCGCCGCCGUCACCGUCACCACCGCCUUUUGUUUGGAGAUUGAGGCCACCAUCAUGGACGACGACUGGAGGCAGAAGGUGCUGACCCUGCUGACGGAGAUGCCCGAGGGCUGCACAGUGGGCGAACUGUGCACGCACUACACGCAGCGCUACCACCUCAGCCUCGCUCCCAAGAAGCACGGCUUCAUCAACACAAAGAACAUGCUGAAGUCUUUGGGGGGCCACAUCGACCACAGUUGUCUCACCAAAGGGGUCGCUAAACUGAGCGGGAUGCCGCCGUCCGCGGCACAACAAGAUGAGGGUCCUCCUCCCAAAGCAAGAUGGAGGCAAUUGGAGGACGGAAGCGACGACCAUCGGCGAGAGGGCGCGGAAUUUCAACGGCGAGGAGGAUCGUCGUUCGAGGUGGAGUCGUCGCUUCCCGUCGCGGAAGGGGCGAGCAGAGGCAACCCGCGCUCGACCCCGCAGGGUUCGAUGGUGGACAUCGGCCCUGCAGGAGCCGUGCAGAUGCGUUGCCAGCAGAGUCCGGCGGGGCUCGCACUAGGAGGGACACUGGCAGCGGCGGUGCAGCAGCAGCCGCAGCAGCAGCCACCUCUCAUAGGUGACGGUGUGUCACCCUGGGUGAAGAAGUUGAUCGACACACAGAUUCCAGCAAUGGCUGCUGCCGCCACCGCUUCCUCACAAGAAUGGCCGUCCAUCCUGCGCAUGAGCAAAAGUGAACUCAAGGAAAUGCAGAGCAAGCAGAACUCGCCCGUGAAGAACGUCGAUUCGCAGUGUGGUGCUGCGUCUCAGCAGCUGCCGACUGCACAAUUGGGUGCCAUGGCCCAACCGCAGAAUCGAGAGCAGCUGCUGGCCACGCCGGAAAUAAAAGAGGUGGUACAAAAGAAACCCAAGAAAAUCCUAAGCGCGGCCGAGAAGCAAGAUGCGGACAGGUACCACGCCAGCAUGCGACAGGUCCACCAUGGCGUGAUGCAGGGGAGCCCCAGAGUGGAUCCAGGCAGGAGGCCAACUAGGCACAUGAGCGUGGAGCGCGUGAACGAGAUCGCCGCUGACUGCAUCAAGACGCUCGGAGAGACUGAGCAGCAUGUGUCGCCAGAGAAGGUGAUUCAAUUGGUGUGCCAACACCUCCAGGUGCAGUUCCUGAAGGACGUGGGCAUUCGGGACAUGUUCGUUUUGCCUGUGAUGAAUGAGUUUGUCCGAACACACAGGGAAGUCAACCUGUUCAUUGAGGCCUUCGAGAAAGUGCGAUGCAUCAGCACGCUGUACGAGCUGGGCCAGUGUUUGGCCGCCCUGAAGGAAAAGCAGUUCUUUCGCGAGAUCGGCCUGGGACCGCUGUGCCGCCACCCUCUGGUGCAGCGCCUCUUCAAAGUGCCACACUCACUCCGCGAUGAGGACAUCUACGAGAUCACCACCGUGGAUAUCCUCCAGAGUUUGAGGACUUUCAUGGCCAAGAGCCGCAGCUCCCGAGGCAAAGGAGUGACGGCACGUUUGGAGAUGCCGGACUUCCUGAAGCAUCUCAUGGAACAGUACGGGGCUCCGGAUAUUUACGAUCUGGGCAUCCGAAUCACAAGCAUGCCCCUGGGAAUUUCCGUGAUCGGCAAGGCCCAGAAAGGCGAGCGGGAGGUGAUGGACCGUGGGCUGGCUCGCAUCGAGACUGACAUCAAGCAGGAGGUGGAGGGCCGGCUACACAAGAUCAAGAAACACUUGAUGGAGUCGUUCCCCUUGCCAGGGACGAGCGCCGAUCUCCGCCGACAGUUCACGACACAGCCGGCGGCCGAGAUUGUGCUGCAGGUCUUCCAGAACGCCGAGGACAUCUUUGUGAAUAAGCUGAAGAAGUGUGUGCAGGACUUCCUGCGGCAGGUGAAAGGGGACACGCUGGCCCGGAAGCUGUUUCAGUUGGCCCUGUGCUGUGGCUCGCUCGAGACUCCUCGUGACCUCGUGGUCAAGGAGAAACCGGCCGCGUUUCUCGGCAACAUCAGCACUCCCGACACCAGACCGCCGCCUCCUCCGGAGAAGGCGGUAGCCGAGCAGCUGGUCCGUCUGCUGAGCCACGCAAGUAAGAUGGCAGAGCCCCUGGGCCUGCCCGCGCUGUCACGCGUGGAGAAGCAGCUUGCCGAGCACUUUGACUCGCGCGACCUCCCCAGCCUGGGCCUCGGCUCCUUCUUGGACAUCCUGCAUCGCAACACCCAGCUGUUGGAGGAGACUGGGGUUGUGAUCUCUGCCCUGGGCGGAUCUGGAGCCACGGCGGGAAGCUUCUGCCCCAAGCGCGACGAGCUGCUGGAGUUCAUCCGCCAGUGCGGCAGCCUCGACACCGCAGCGCUGCCGGCCGUGGACUGCGCUGUGGGGCAGCACUACGGCGUGCAUUCCUGCCGCAACCUUGGGCACGGCCCCGUGGCCAACCUGGUGAAACUGGUGCAGAAAGCCAAGCCCGGUGGCAGCGGCGGCGGCGGUGUCCAUCGGUGCGCCGUCUUGUACGAGACGGCGCUGUGUGCUCGCGACUCGAGACAGGACUUCCUGUUGGAACGUGUCACAGUGGGCCUACAAGGCGACGUAGGGGAGGAGCAGGCCCUGCGUUGCCUGCUCGGUGCGCCUCUCCUGGAGGACCUGGCCACGUGGUCACACUGGGAGCUGCUCUUUGAGCCUCAGCUCGGAGCUCUCAAGAAGUUCAUCGAGAGGGGCUACUCGGGAAAAGUGGCCCAGCUGCUGGCCAAGAGUGGUUUCUCCGAGCUCCUCGUCCUGGAGAUGAAACCAGGGCUCCUGCUCCGCCUCGACCCCGACCCCUCCCCCGACAAGUUCGACGAGGCCGCCCUCCGCCACGACCCCGUGGUCGUCGCCGGGCAGCUGGUCUCCAUGGUGACAGCCGAUGGACUGGGACAUGCCCCCCUGGCCCUGCUAGCCAAUCGGAUGGAAUCUGUCCUUGCGUCUAUGGCGGUGGGCAGAGAGUCCAGCAUGGAGGAUGAGGAGUCGUCGGGCAAGCUGGCCGCGAGGUUCGUCUUGGACUGCCUGUGCCGCAUUCCUCUCCGCUUGUGCAAGGCUUUGGCUCCACAGGUGCUGCUGGAGCCUUGCGGCCGCGCCCUGGGCCAGACGCGCUCCCGGGAGCUCUUGGGGCGCGUCGCCACGGACCCGCGUGACCGCCUCCGCCUGCAGCAGCUGGGCCUGUUGCUCGGCAUCACCGAGUGGAGCCGCGAGCUGCAGCGCCGAAUGCAGGCGGAGCCCCACGCAGCGCCACGCGCGCCGCUCCGUCCCGUCGCGAUGCGUGCUCUAAACGAGGCAUUCAAAUCUGCUGCUGCUGCUGCUUCAGACUCUGACCUGACCAAUGGCAGUGAGGAGGAGGAGGAGAGCGGAUCCGUGGAGUCCGAGUCCAAGUCAGAUUCUGAGUCCGAGGAUGAAGAGACCUCCGACUCGUCCGGGGAUGAAGAGGAGGAUUGUCAGAAGUUCGCCCUUGCGCCUUCGACCUACGAGGAGGUGGAGGAGAAGACUGACGAGGUGGAGGAGAAGAAAGACGAGGUGGUGGAGGAGGUCGCCUCGGACGUAGUGGCCGACGUGGACGGAGCAGCCGCGUCCGAGGGUGAGGGGACAGCCGAGGCGACGAACGCCGACGGAGACGUGGAGGAGGGGGAGGAGGCGCCACUCGCGGAGGAGAUCCCCCCAACGGUGGAGGAUCCGUGCAGAGCCAUCGUGGAGGACAUCCGGAGGCACGAGUUCGGGAUCGGCGUCGAGUUGAGCGAGGACGCAGCACGGCUCAUGGAGGUACAGCAGAGCCGCAUCGGGCGCAGCCUCGAGCGCCUGUCCUCGGAGCUCUACAGCAAAGACACGCACUUCGUCCUGGAGCUCGUGCAGAACGCAGACGACAACAGCUAUCCGAGCGGGCCAGACGCGCAGCCACCGAGCCUCCUCUUCGUGGUGGAGAACGACCGCGUGACGCUGCUUAACAACGAGGUUGGCUUCAGCGAGCGCAACGUGCGCUACAUCUGCGACAUUGGCAAGAGCACCAAGGGCAAGCACAAGUACGGCUAUAUCGGGCAGAAGGGCAUAGGAUUCAAGUCGGUGUUCAAGGUCACGGACAGGCCCGAGAUCCACUCCAACGGCUUCCACCUUCGCUUCGACCGGCGCAGUGGCCCCAUGGGCCUCAUCCUGCCGCACUGGGUGGACGAAGGGCGGGCCGAGGUGGGAGAGGGUGAGGAGGAGGUGGGCUGCCGGCGGCCUCUGGACCUCACUGGGGUGCCUGGCGAGGAGGACAGUUGGAUGACCCGCAUCGUUCUGCCUCUCAAGUCGGAAAGCCACCAGACAAGGAACCUGUUCCGUGACGUGCACCCCUCCCUGCUGCUCUUCCUGCACCGGCUGCGGGUCAUCACCAUAGUCAACAAGGUGGAUGGCAGCGUGCAGUUCAUGCAGCAGAGGGAGCUUGGGGACGGCGUGGUGGAGAUCGAGCACUCGACGGGCUGCGACAGAUGGCUGCUCGUCAAAAAAACGCUCAACGCCGCCAAGAUGAAGGAGAACGUGGAAGCCACGGAGCUGGCGUUGGCGUUCCCUCUGGAGCAGGCGGAGCCGGGCGAGCGCUCGGGGGGAUUGCCAUCACUCCUGGACAAGCAGCCCGUGUUCGCCUUCCUGCCGCUCCGCAGCUACGGUUUCCGCUUCAUCAUUCAGGGUGAUUUUGAAGUGCCGUCGUCACGCGAGGACGUGGACCGAGACAGCGCGUGGAACCAGUGGCUGCGCUCCGAGAUCCCGGGGCUUUUCCUGCAGGCCCUGCACGCGUUUACCCACCACUCGAGCCUGGACAUACUGGAGGGCCUGUCUCAGCUGCUGCGCUUUGUGCCGCUUCCCGACGAGAUCCUCGAUUUCUUCCGUCCUGUUGUGAAGCAGAUCCUCCAGCAGCUCAAGGCUACGCCCUGCCUGCCCAUCCAGGGGCCGUCUGGCGAGCCGCUGGAGUUCCGCCCUCCGUCGGAGACGACGGUGGCACGGGACGAGCUGGUGCGCGAGGUCGUGUCGCCCGCGCUGCUGGCGCAGCACCUGGGCCUGGCGUACCUUCACCCGGCGGUGGCGCGCGGCGCCCUGAGCCCCGCGCUCGCGCGCGAGCUGGGCGUGCACACGCUGAGCGCGGACGACGUACUCGCGGUGGCACGCGCCAUCCUGCGGGAAGCGGACGCUGCCAGGAAGGCCCUCCCGCUGGACGAGGUGGCGCGUCUGCUGGUCUGCGUCUACCGCUGCCUGGAGCAGCAAGCGGACGGCGAGGAGGAGACCCACGCUGCACUGCGCUCCCUUCCCAUCAUCCCCCUGGCCGAUGGGCGCAUGGUGGCGUUGGCCGACCAGGAGGUGUUUUUCCCUCCCGGGUGGCAGGAGGGUGCAGCUGCCAACCAAAAGAAAGUCCAGAUGCACGGCGUUGAGCUGCUGAAGGUGGACCUGUGCGUGCUGCACCCGGACCUACUGUGCUGCGUCGACGCGCUGUGCUCCUCGCAGCUCGUGCGUCUUCUCGAGCGACUGCACGUGCGGCGCGUGACGCCCGCCCAGGUCAUCGCUCGCCAUGUCAAGCCAAUCCUGGAAAGCGGUGCUUGGAAGGACAAGCCAAAUGAGGUGGUGAUCAGCUACCUGGCGUAUGUGAAGGCGCAGUGCGAGCACGACGCGUCCGUCUGCAACCUGUCGGAGCUGCGCGCCACGCUGCCGGUGCUCACCUCGAGCGGCGCCUUUGUGCGGCCGGUGGACACCAGCGUGUACUUCUCCACGUUCUAUGGGAACAAGUUGGACCUGCCCACCAACCUGCCAGGUGCCGACUGGCUGCUGGUGCACCCCGUGUACAUGCAGGGACAGUCGGACGUGAACAGCUGGAGAGACUUCCUGGGAAGGCUGGGUGUGCGCGACCUUCCGAUUGUGCGCAAGGAGCGGAGGUCGUACAGCCAGCAGGAUCUGGACGCGUCACCGUGGGCCGGCGUGACGGCGACGCUGCCCCCCGUGGCGGACGGACACUACACCGUGGAGGACUGGGUCUGCGCCGAGCUGCACGCGCUGCUCACCGCCUCCCAGCUCGGAAACGCGCGCACCGACACGCAGCGCCGGCUGCUCCUCUGCCUGCUCGAUGGCGAGUGGGACAAGGGCUCGCGCUACUCGCAGUACAAGACUGCACGCGUGCUCGACUCGGGCGGGCGGCCACUCAAGGAGGUGGACUCGUCCUUCCUCAUCUACCUGACGACGCUGCCGUGGCUGCCAGCUGAGGCGGCCGGGCCGUCCAGCUCCACGUCGCCCUCGUUCGGCCGGGCCCGCGACCUCUACCUGCGCGCCAACAACCUGCGGCGUCUGCUCGGGCGCCACGCCGCAUACGUCGCCGUGGAGAUGUCGGCGAACAGCACGUUGGCCGGCGACCUCGGCGUCCGUAUGUUGCUGAAUGCGCAGGAGUUAGUGAAGCACCUGAAGCGUUGGUGCAGCGGGGGUGCGGUUGAGGAGGAGGGGGUCUCCACGGAGAGCGGAGUGCCCUUCUGCACCUCGCCGGAGCACAUCCACGCCGUGUACGAGUACCUGCAGGCGGAGUGCUCCAACCAGCAGCUGCAGGACUUGUUCCGGCACUACCCCGCCGUGUUUGUGCCCGACGCGACUCGGAGGCAGCAUUCGGAAUCUGGGGAGAGCAGGGGGAACGACGGCGGGGACGGCGCCGUGCAGGGCUGCUUCCGCUACCUGCACGAGGUGUGCUGGGCCGACCCCACCCGGCUGUUUCUGCGCUACGCGUCGCUGCAGCACGAGGCGCCGCCGCAGCUCCAGCUCUUUUACGGCCGUUGGACCAACAUGGCCGAUUUGUUCCAGCAGACCCUGAAGGUGUCUGCGACGCCCAAGAUGAAGCAGUACGCCGACCUGCUGUGCCUCGUGUGCGAGGGCUGCACUCUGCCAAACGCCGAAGUUCUGCAAGACGUCUCCUUGCUCUACGCCACGCUAGCCGAGAAAUGCGUGCUCUCCCCUCGGACCAUGGAAGUCAACCCCGACUACUGCAACAACCUCAAAGCCACGCUCUCCAAGGAGCGUAUCUUCCCCACCAAGCGCAACCGCUGGGUGUCGCUGGAGAGCCGGCCCCUCGUUGCCGAUGACCGCAACCUGGAGGCCCUCUUCCGGGACGAGGAGAAGGUUUGCUUCCUCAGCCUUCCCGACGUCGGUGCCAGUCAGAGGAACAAACAACCCGACAGGUUGCACAUGCGGACAGUCAAGGUGAACCCUGACAUGAGGGACCUCUUCCUGCGGAUCUGCGACGUGGGCCAGCUCUCCGGCUGCGUGAGGACGCGCCUCGAGACCGAGAAUUACCGCCCGUGCGCACCGCUGCGGCUGCUGGUGGGGCACCUCGUGCCGCACGUCCAGGCCUUCCUGAUGUCGCGCGGCGACGCCUUCCGCCACGUGUACGACGAGCUGACGCUGCAGCGGAACAUCGCCGCCACGCUCAAGACGAUGAACUUCAUCCAGGUGGGAAAGCUGUACGUGCUGCACACUCUCACGCUCCCGGGCGGCCCUGACGGCUCAGACGGCUCGCUGCUCGUGCGGACGGUGGAGGCGUCGUGCCGCCUGCAGGACACCGGGGACCUCUGCAUCCAGAAGGACCACGUGCAGGACAACGCCGUGCGCGAGCUCGUCGACAUUUUCAAGGAGCUGGCUCGGUUGUUCAGCUGCGAGGACAAAGAUUGUCAGCGGGACCUCGAGAACUUCCUCCACAAACUCUCGACCACCAUGAACAACCAGUCCCCCAACAACCUACGCAGGUUUCUAGCCGGCGAAGGCGUUGAAGAUUUGCCCGAGGAUGAGCCCAGGUGGAUGGUGCCAAAACCGGCCGUGGAGGAGAAUCUGCCAGCGCCCAAGCGCCCGGAGCCUAAACCCAGAGAGGUGGUCGCAGCGCCCAAGGAAGAGACGGACGAGGGCCCCAGCUUGACCUGCUGGCCACCCCGCGCCAGCAUGGCCCUCAACACCAACUCGGCGCCAACGUGCGCUCGCAAGACACUAAUGGAGAACAUCGAAAAGAUGUUCCCUUCACCGCAAACGGAGCACACGCCGCAGGAGCACACAGAGCGCCACCUCACGUCGCAGGGCGGGGAGCCUGGGGGCGCCUUGCCACACCUGCCCGGCGCCGCACCGCAGGGCUCCAACCCGGCACACGGACAGAGGUCGGGGAGCGGCCCCUCGCGCGAAGAGGGAGACGUUCACCCGCAUGGGCCCUCUGCUGCCGCCGAUGGCCAGGCACAGCUGAAGCGACCCGCGUCGUUGAGCGCAGACGGCCGCUCCAGUGACGAGCCCAAGGACCCAGAGGGUUCGCAGUCCACGAGCCGGGGGGCCACUCGGUCCCCGUCCGCUCUCUCCGACUCGGAAGCCGGGGCCCAGCGGCGCCCUGCAGGCUCCGCGGGCCCUCCCCAGCACCCGCCGCAGCGCGUGGACGGCGCUCCGUCUGGCUCCACAGAUGGCGGUGCCCGGCAGAGGGGCGAGGAGGAGGCCACCCGGGGAGGAAUCGGCCCCGACGGCGACACCACUGCCCCCGUCGCCGUUGUCGCGACGCUCCCACGGCCCUGGAGCCGUUUCGACCCCGAGCGCCGUCCGCCGCCGCUGGCGCUCGGCGUCCCCGUGUGGGAGCACGGCCGCUGGCCGCUGGACGGCGGUGCCGGCGAGGAGCUGGCGCUCUCCUCCGAGAUGCUGCCCGACCAGCUGGUGCUGCCGCCGGAGCACGCCGGCGAGAGCGCUCGAGCCGUAGGACGCUGGGGGGAGCAGCUGGUGCUCGCCUUCCUGCUGGCCUGGAAGGACGACCAGAACGCCUGCCCUCGGCCCACAGCCGUGGAGUGGACGAGCGAGCACGGGCAGAGCGAUCUGCCGUACGACUUCGUCGUGCACAUGAGCGGCGGUGAGGAGGAGGGGCUCCCCGACGAGCACCGCGCCAACGGUGGCGCCGCCAACGCGGGAGACGUCGUCUGCAAAGAUGCCGCCAGCAGCAGAGAGAGAAUUAUCUACGUGGAGGUGAAGAGCUCGCUGCUGGCGGAGAAGAUGCUGUGGGAGAUUUCGCCGAAGGAGAUGGACCUGGCGCUGAGCCUGGCCGAGCGCUACCACCUGUAUCGAGUGUGCAACGCCGGCGACUCGGCAGCCGUGCGCCUGCACCGCGUCACCAACCUGGCGCAGCGCCUGCACCGCAAGCAGCUCAAGCUCUUCCUCUUCGUGUGACGUCGGCACACGGCGCCUCUCCACUUUUAUGUUGUGCGCUGUCUGUAUGUGUGUGCGUGCGUGCGUGCGUGUCUGGCGUGUUUUCAGGUUGUCACCGCGUGCUGUUUCGGCACGAGAUCCUGACGUUUCGCUCCCACGUGCCUGGGGAGCUUCGCCACAGGAGAUCGACGUCGCUCCGAGUUCCCAAACACGUGCAGCGAAAUGUCGGAGGUCGUGCCGAACAACGUGCGGCGCAGCCCAUAAACACGUUGGAGAGCAGCGUAGCACAACCGCACAAACCUAGACAUUCGUAGGUGUGUGUAGGUGCUUGCUCGCAGUAUACUGCCCCAACAGUCUGUACGGCUGUAUGCAAACACUUUGGCUGUUUUGUGCAGAGCUGGCCACUGCUGCUUUAUGAUCACUGAUGUCCAUCCAUAUAAUUCCAUCUUAGCCAAUGAUGCAGGCCGACAGAUGUUUGGACAGUCAACUUAAAAAAAAAAUCUUAUCUUUGUUGGGAAGGCCCACACUACCACGCGUUGUAUUUAAUGCGUUUAAAUUCAACGUGUGGAAGUGCUUUAAAAACUUUGUACGACCAAUUUUAGAAUUUUUUUUUUGGGGAAGACCAAAUAUUACUACAUUUUGGAAUCGACAAAUGGCAGUAAAAGUAAAAAACAUUCUAAAGGGGCAUUACUUGUUACUUUUUGAAGUUUGUAAUCUUUUUACCAUGUUCAGGUAAAACAACCCAAUAUAUUACACUUUUAAUACAAUUUUUACAUUGUUGAAUUUUUACACGAACAUUUCAAUGGGCAAUUAAUACUGUAUUUUAAACAAUGUUUUAAUGUUAUUAUAGAUGCUUUGUUUGGGGCAGUCUUGCUUGCCAAGUAGUAGCAUCAGUGAGUUUCUAGGAGCAGCAGGACAGAAUGUUACAUUCCAAGGCCCUAUCUCAAGAUGAGCCGUUACAAAGGUCAGUUCAAAAAUUUCCAAUUUUUACAAAGCACAGAUUAACACUUUUAGGGAUAGGCUCUUUUUAACAAAAGCUGGAAUAAACUUUUUCCAUUAGUCUCUUCUGGAAAUGGUCCAGUAUACUCCAUUGUUCAACUCUUUUAAAGUUUAACGUUUUAGGACUUUUUAAAGUGAUAUUUCCAAGAGUAAAAUAUAAAUAUUACAGUGUACAUUCCCCGUUACUAAUUCCCACUGACAAAAUCCGUUGCACACCUUUUUUCCCUCAUUUUGGUGAAAAUUUUCAGUUUCUAUACCAACCAAUUUGUAAAGUAUUUAACUGUGCUAACAAAAAUUGACGUCGCCGUCCAGAGGCAACACUGAAUGUUUCUAUGCUCCCCGCACAUUACAAACCAUUGUUUUGCGAUGUACUUGAAUUUUAGUCUUUUGGCAGGUCACGUGUGGUGGGGCAAAGUGUAGGUACGCCCGCCUCUUCUAAGUCCACCUGGCCAGCGUGAAAGAGCAGGCCAGAUAUCUUGUAGAGGGGCUCCCAAGUGCUCCGACUCGGGAGGCCCUUCUGCCGGAACUCCAAUUUCAGAACUGCAACUUUGCCUUUGACCUUUUUUCACUCUGGUAACAAAAACGGUUUCCUCUCUCAGAAAUGUACAUUGGACACACCACUCCGGCAAGAGGCAUGCAGCUCUGUCCAGGGCAAUGCGGUAGAGAUAAGAACGGAGCUCUUGAACUCAAGAACGGAGAUAUUUAGUUGAUGGAUGCUGGUAAAGCACUGGGAAGGAACAACACAUUCCUACAGCUGUGUGUGCUUGGUCUUGGUAACAGGACCAAGGUAACAGAUGCGGUUGAUUAAGACUUUUGGGCUUAGUAUCCAGAUUGCGUUGUUGGCAUUGUGAGAUCACAAAACCCCUUUUCAGAGGAUGGUAAUAGUGAGCAGUGCACAAUGCGGUGGUGUCAGGGAGGCCCCUUCAUCAGCGCCACGUGAUGGACCUUGAUGCCUCGUAAAGAGAGUCAUGUGACAUCGGCUAAAUAAUUAAGACUUCAGAGAUUAAUAUAACAAAUAUGGGAGGUGGUAACCAAGUUUACUUGUGAGUGUUUUAUCGUGCUGGUUUUUGUUGAUUCGGCUAAAACCAUGGACUUGACAUUUGAAAGAUCAUUCAAUGGGUGACUGUCCACAUUUCAACCCAGGAAGGAAGUGGUCCUGGAUUAUUGCUCUGAAAUGUACAUUUGCCUGAUCUGUUCUGAUAUUCUAAACAAUGUUUUGUUUAUGUAUAGCGAAAACACAAGACUCAUCGUUAAAUGCUGUACUUCAAUGAGGGCUACACAUUUAAUCUGAUAAAGAGUGGUAUGCUUAAUUGUACAUGAUAAACAUUGAUUUAUAUAUACGCUUGUGUAACAUAGGUAAUACAUUUUCAGCAUUUUUUUACUACUUUUGUAAUCUAAAAAAAUUUGGCAUUUACCAUGUACAAGUUUGUUGAGUGGCAAUGUUAUGUUUUAGUCGUGAAAAACGUUGCUUGUUUUACCCUUUUAUCGUUUAAUUUGGCAUCGUGAAAAUGUAAUGGAUUCGUUUAAAACAGUUUAAACAUUUUAAAAGGAAAAAUGGAUCCACAUCAGUUUUUUUUCUCAAUUUGACAUUACAAUAUUUUAACAUUUAAACUUUCAGGUUUUGUUUCUCUCGCGUGCUUUACUAAUGUACGUGUGCAAUAUGGGAAAUAUUAAAUUGGGAUGCAGUAUUUUAAAAGACGUUUAAACGAACCAUUAAAAAAAAUGACCAAGUGACUGCUGGAAAAAGAGAUAGCUGAAGAAUUGAUGAUACCGCUGGGGAAAAAGUCGUAAAAUGUUUAUGCGGCAAGAACGUCGGUGAAUCCUUGCUGUGCUUGUUUGUUGUUGUUGCACUGAUGGGAAACUGUUUAAUAAUAAUUCCAUUUUAGACUGUCACAAUGGGUUUCCUUUGUCGGGCAGGUUUCAGGGCAGGUGCAAAUCUUCAAGGAAGGAUUUAUGAUCUCUGCAGAAUCUUAACAUGUUCUUAAGGAUCAUUUGUGUAACUAAAAAUACCCGUUUGGGUGAAAUUUUACUGCGUUAUCAAAAAACAAUGACAUUCCUCUGAAUUGUGCGAAUAAACAUCGUUUCAAUGUU